UUGGCCCCAGCACACACACCCUCUCUCCAAGACGUUGUCGUUCGCAUUCUCGCUCGUGAGACCAGCACCUCACAGAGACCACUAUCCCGCCACAUAUGCUGCACGGCGGCGACCUCCCGUCGCUUGCCGCCUCGCUCGCCCUCGCCGCCCUGCUCUCCGAGUCGCUCCUCGCCCAGCGGCGGCUGCGAGAGAUGGCCGCAUCGCCCGCGGCGCUGCUGCUGCUGCUCUCGGCCGCCGGCAUGGCCACGCAGCACCUCGCCGCGGAGAGUGCCUGCGCGGCCUGGCUCAACCCGCUCGCAGCCCUCGACCUGCACCACUGGUCGGGUGGUGCGCUGCUCGCGCCGUGGCUUGGAGCGCUCGCGGCCGCUGUGUGGGCGGGCAGCCUCCACCCGACGCCGCUCGGCGCCGCGCGUGCCGUCGCCGUAUCGGCGGGUGCACUGCUGCUCUGCGCGACGGGACGCCGCUGGGCGCCCCGCGCCCUGACGCCGCACACGGCGGCGCUUGUCUGGCUCCUCUCUGUCGCUCACCUGUUCGGAUGCGCUCUCGACUGCAGCUGGCGCGGAGGGAGGCUCCGCCGACCGUCAUGGCGCUCCGCCGCCGACUUUGCGCGACGGAUCGCCGUCUCGCUUGCCUACGUCGCCCCUGCCGCCGUCCUCAUCGUGCUCGCCUCGUCCGUGUGCCUCCUCGUAGCCUCCUCCCUGCUCAAGCUGGUGGGCCUGCGACCCGAGAGGCUGCGGCCUCUGGUGCUGUGGGGCGCGCUGCACUCCCCCUUCUGGAUCGUGCAUGUUGAGACGCGCCGCAGCUACGGCGGCCACGAGCGCGCCGUCGUGGGCGGGUACGGAGGCAGCAGGCCGCGUGGCUGGCGCGGCGCCGCCGCCACCACGCCGCCGCCGCUGCUCCCGCUCACGACGGCCGAGUGGGUGCUGCCUCGCGUUGGGUAUGGCGCUUCUGGGCGGCGGGACGCGCGGAGGGAGGAGCCUGCCGCUGCGUGGCCAUCUGCAACCCCGAUGCGCGGGAGAGGUAAGGAGGAGGAAGAGGACGACGAGAUGCCGCCGCUCGAGCCGAUACCUUUGUAGUAGAAAGCAUGGUUAUGUCCUGGCGAGGUAUUCCCAGAUCCCACACGCCUCUCGCGUCUCGGACUCGCCUCUCGGGGGUUUUAUGUAUGUAAAUAGUGAGACGAUUUAGGUU